GUGCCAUAAUAACUCCAAAAAUACAGCUAACUAACACAAUAAAAACAUGUUUUUUUUGUAAAAUUUAAGAAACGGAGUUAUCUCAUUUUGGAACCAAACUCUUCAUAUAUAUACAGUAUAUACAUAAAUGUUACAGUUAGCCAAACUUUUGGCAUUCUUAGAAUGUUUUGUAGGCCAGUUCAGUAAAUUAGGCGGGGUGUCCAGGACAAACCCAGCUGUUUCUCUUCAGAUUGAAGAUACGAAAGGCUUGAUCAAGGAGAAAAAUGUGACUUGUCUCUUAUCUGUGGUGCAGUGCACUGCAGUUGAGAUGCUGGGCUGAACUGAUCCUCAUGUUAACAUACAGCUGUGGCGAAUCUUAAUAAGUGAUUUAGACGAGUCAAUUAUUUCCAUAGAGAUGAAGGAACAACUCAAUGUGCUACUAUUCAUCAGUGGGAGACGGCUGGCCAAUGAUAAACACUGAAGUAACACAUUUCAGGGAGGAGUGUACACACAGACAACUAUGGGGAAAAGCAUGUCAACAUUUACAAAAGGAGGAGGAAAACCAAUUAUACAAAUUUUAAGUUUGAUAAAUGCCUGUGAUGUAAUAGUACAUGCUAUGGUGUUAAAAGAUGUUACAUUUAAUAUUGAAUUGAUAUAAUUUAGACAUGACACGCCGCCCUAAACUGUAUGGAAGAUCUGUCAAGAAUACAUUCUUCCUCAAUAUCCACCCCUAUAAAACAAUGAAGUUUCAGGAACAGAGCUGCAGUAACAAAAACAAAUUCAAGUUGUUGAUAGCACUGGCAAAAUGUGUUAAGACCGCAUUUAAUUUUUAUGCAGACCUCGAAAUUGAACUUCUGUAUGAGCUUAAAAAGCACAAUGACAUGCGCGAGAUAAAACUGCCCAGAACCAAACCUCACUGAUGUUAAAAGAGCUUAAAGAUCAUUUCCCUCUUAACUUAAACGACAGGAUUCCCAAUCACACAGAGAAAUAAACAGCUCUGAAUUAAUUUCAGAAUUCAAUGCCCAUACACAGAAAAAAAUACAUCAAUUUCCAACCAAAUACCAAAGGACUUCAUGACCUGAAUUUCAACACUGCCCCAAAACUCAACAGACCCAUCAGGGUCCAUUUCUGGCAGCAUUAUGAAACAGGUUCAAUGGGAACAUAUUACAUUAUUCACACUAACCAUAAUUAAAAGGUAUUAAUAUACAACCUUAUUAUAAAAACGAGGCACUCGAACCAUGAAACUGUAACACAUAUAGAACAAAAGUUAACACACGAAACUCAGAAGCAGUUAGUUAUGGUACAAAAAUACACAGAAAGCCAAUAUUAAACUCAAUAAAACAAGCUGUCUUUGUUAUUCCCUAUUGUUACAUUUUUAAAAGUGCACAAACAGUGAAAAACAGCCGCAUGCAAAUCGCACAGGUGUUUGCGGUAACAAAAGCAGAGAGUAAAGGAGAGCGUGAGAGCGAAGACAUGCGUGCGGUCAUUAACACCGCAGUUGUUUCUCUAACACAUUAUAACAGAGAUUCAGAGAUGACAUUGUGACACCGUGUGUGGGUGAAACAACAUACCACCCCCGCAUCAUAAUUACUGUCUGCCUUUCAUGCAGGAAUCACUUCAACACAUACACAGUAUAUGUGCACGAUCACAAAACAAUCCAAUACAGCAGAUGGUGAGCGUUUAUACACGAGAUAGCUGUAGAGUUCUUCUAAAAAUACCAAAGCAUGCUGGAAAAACAUCUGAUUUAGGAGCUGCAAGUCAACUUUCCUUUGAUAAGACUCAAUUUCUAUAGUCACUAAAUUAUGAGAAAGGAUUGGUGCAAGCAAAAAUGAAAAAAUAUUUCAUCGUUUAUUCACCCUCAUGUUGUUCCAAACCUGUAUGACUUUCUUUCAUCUGCAGUACACAAAAGAAGAUAUUUUGAAGAAUGUCGGAAAACCAAACAACACUUGCCCCCAUUGACUUCUACUAUAUGGACACAAAACCACAGAGACAUUUAUCAAAAUAUCUUUUUUUGUGUUCCAUAGAAGAAAGAAUCAUAUACAGGUUUUGAUCAACAUGGGGGCGAAUAAAUGAUGACAAAAUUUUAAUUAUGGUUGAACCCUUUAAAAAUCAAACAAAAAACUGUGUUUCCUUUAUCUCUGUGAAAUGUGCAGAGAUGACUCGUCAAUUGAAUUCAAGCGGUUUAGCAAUUUCACAAAUAUGUCAUUUGCAUACUUAAGUAAUUAAAGUCCAUGACAUAUUUUGUGCAAGACAAGACACUUGCAGGGGUAUGUGGCCCACCAGGGUGCAGUUAUUUUGGAGGGUCCAGCUGGUGAAAGUGCCAGAAUCAGGACCACAGGUGAAGAAUCAAGGAACUGAGAGGAAGUGUGUGCGGAAUGAGAAGUGCCCUACAGGUGCAAUGUCAUUCAUAAUGAAUUACGAAGCGCCAAAGUUCGGCCAACAGCUAAACAUAAUUUCGCUCUAAUGCACUGCUCUCACAUUGAAGAGUAACCCGAGUAUACAGAUACAAGUCUGUGUCUGCUGGUCAUCUGAGACCCAGAGGAGACAUACUGUGUUAGGUCAGACGCACAGAUGUAGUCCAACACCGCAGAGCUGUCACUCUAUAUCGAUGGCCAUGGUUAUUAGUCCUCCAGGGUACAUGGUUAUAGGGCUCAUAUCCUCCGUUAUGAUCUCAUUAUGAUCAAUAAACUCAGAGGCCUGGAAAUCUCACCCAACAUGGGAAAGGCUUACAUAAGCCCUUUCCAGAAAACCUGUUGGUAUAACAUAAAUGUGUUAUUUGGUCUACAACCAUGUGACCCGUGACUUUAAGGGAGAGUGUGAGGAAAAAUGACCUAGAGUAGUCUAUAUUCAAUCUCCACUGUGAGUAUAUCAGAAGGUCACAAACACACCUGGACACUACAAACAGAUAAACAGGGUUGAUAGUGUCAUCGCAGAGCUCAAGACUGCACCAAUGCACUUUCAUGUUUGUACUGUCUAUUAAAUCUGUGUGCAUUGAAUGAGUUUCACGGAUCACUCAGGCUUCCUCUUUGAUGGCCUGUAAUUACACUGACGCAGCUGUGAGCGCAGAAUGAGAAUGAUCAAACCACACUUUGGUGGAGAUCAUCCAAACUUCUUCAUAUGAAAAUGAAGUGUGUCCUCCAGUCUAUCUCGAGCUAGAGUAAGUGCAAAAUUGCCUAGAGCAUGAUAAAGGCUGAAGUGUGUCAUUUUGUCAGUGGUACUGAGAAAUAUUUUCUUAUAUCCGAACAUAAUGUGCACACAGAUAUCUACAAAGCAUCUAGGCAGAUUUUCUCUAAAAUUGUAAACACUGUUUCUCUGAUACAGAAACAUGAGCUCAACCAUUGACCUCGGUGUUUGGGACGGGAUUACCUGAUACACUCUCAGAAGAAAAGUAGAAAAGCUGUCACUGGGACAGAACCAUUUCAAAAAGUACACUUUUGCACCUGAAGAGAGCAUCUGGUAAAUUAAAGGUACAUAUUGGUACCAAAUGUAUACAUAUUUGCACCUUAAUGUUUAAAUACCUAACCUAAAGUACCUAAAUAUUAGGAACUUCUGAGAGUGUAGGAUUACCAUGGGGGUAUUUUUUUAAUUAUUAUUUUGCUAUUCUGUUUGAUGGAACAGCACAGAAAUGACACACAAAAAAUACAGUGAAAAAGGUCAUAUUUUUGCAGCUGGGGCACCAGAAAAAAACUAAAAAUAAUUUUCUAUAAAGUAAUUUUUAAAUUGUAUUUAUUCAUUUUAUUUUACUUUAUGCUUAUUUUUUAUUUUUUUAUUUUUAUUUUUAUAGGACAGAUGAGGCAAUAUGGAGGUUUCAUUGGACGCACACACUAGCCCUAAAUUAACUUUCAGUCUGUGUUUUGCCAUCACAAUUUAUUUUAUAUUUAUAUAAUAUUUUAUUGUAUAUUAAUUGUAUUAAAUGUAAUAAUACAUUUAAAACUACUCAACAGUUAUUGAUUAUUUGCAGAGGUCUACAGGAAGUUAAGUUUGGGCCACAUAACGUUUGUUGUUACCACAGAUAAAGUUAACCUUCAUCUAAUGUGAAUAACCAAAAUGUUACAGAGCCUAAUAUUUAUUCUGAUAUCCACAUUAAAGUGGAGAUAACAUGCUAUGUCAUGCAUUCUGACUUCUUUACACUGUUAGUUGACGCGCUGGCUUCUCAUGCUUAACAGGGUCAACUUGUUAAAAAACGUAGUAUUUCUGUGCUUGACACACUCCAUCAGCACUCCAAUUUGUUUCGGAAAGUUUUUUUAAAAGUCUGGAUCCCUGUUUCGUAACAAGGAUCCUAUUCCUUUUAUUGGGCAUCGUCCCGGAAAAGCACUGCAAGGCGAAAUAAAGAGCCCGCCCACGCUCCAACCGAGACCCGCUUACCAUCAAGAUUGUCUGCGCUGCAGCUCGUUACUCUUGCGAUAGUGAAGUUUAGGUGUGUCUGUUUGUUCACGGCAUUUCAGCGAUGGAUGUUAUAUAAACGGUGGAUGUAACGCUGGAUUUGGAGAUCGUUUGAAAAUGAUAGACGGUGCGGUCCUAGUGCAAAAAGAUGCUGGGCAUGAACUGCACGCGGUAAUUGAAACUAAGUCAUAUGUCUGUUUUUUUGUUGGCAAUCGGCGUGUACGUGCAUAAUGUACAAAACAAGAAGGGAUUAAUGUGAUGAUGUGUUGUGAGCUCGUGCUGUAGUUCCUCCCCACUAGUCCCACCUCUACCGGCUCGUGUUUUUCCGGAAAUAAUCAUACAGCUGUAUCUCUCUUCUAUAAAUUUAAUCAAACUAAAUACUCUUCGAAGAUACGACGCAUGCAAUACUGCUGUAUAGGCACUCAAGAUUAAUAUGAGAUUGGCAGAAACUGAGUGUGUUACCCGAUCUUUAUCAGAUUUUUAUAAACAACUGAAAACAGUAACAGGAAAUAGAAAAAUUAUUCACCGGCACCCUCGCUAAAUCGUAAUUACUUUUAUUUCUAACCAAAUCUCCAAAUUGUUCUCUGCAUUACACCAAUAACAAAACACAUAACCUACCCACUCACCCAGCUUUUUAUUCACAGUUUAUCUGUGUCAAAAGACAGUAAUUAAAACCUCCAUUAUCCAUCACUCGCAUCAUACCGCUUUUUACAUACCCCCCACUGACUACAGCAUGAGUUACCUUCACCCCUUCAUUUCUGCUUUAGCUCCUCUUUCUCCUCCCAUCCUCAACGUCUGCCUGUUCAUUGCCCCAAAUCAUGACGAUCAUCCCAGCCCAGUGGGAAUGACCUCCUCCAAGCCAUUCACAUCUGUGUCUGUCAGAGACUCCACACGCAGGAGCACAUAUUCAUCCAGAGAGAACGAGAGAGAGAGAGAGAGAGAGAGAGAUAUUCAGCAUCAUCUCUCCCAUCAUCUCCCAUUAUUCUCCACAACUGCUGAGGAACACCGACUUCUACACAAGAGAGAUUAUCUGUUGGUCCUCCACAGGACAAUCUAAGAUAUCACGACAAAUGAUCUGGACUUUCGUUUUACGACUAGAGACAGAGCUUCGGACUCUUCUGUGAGUCCUAGACAACCAUCUAAUAACAGCGGAAAGAGUGUUUACCUUAAGGAUUACAUCAUUUAAGAUGAAUAGACUCGUGACUGGGGAUGGUGACAGUUUCCUAGACAAGAAGGUUUGGGAUGUGUUCAGUGUGGCAGUCUGACAAAGGCGGAUCUGGAUGGAGUUCAAGGCUGGGUGAGGAAAACUGUGAGGAUUGUAUCCAUCCUGUCUCUAAGAGUAUCCUUUAUCAACUGAUCAUGAAGAACACAGUGAAACUUUCAUCCAGAGUUUGCUACUAAUGGGUUCACGCUGAGAGGAUGGAUAAUAUUGUAAAUUCAACUGCAGGUGGAAAUGUUUCAGCCAUGCUGCCUGCUCCGUACAGCCUGCUGGAGGUCAUUACUAUUGCAACCGUAUCAGCUGUAGUGAGCCUCAUCACAAUAGUGGGCAAUGUUUUAGUGAUGCUCUCUUUCAAGGUGAACAGCCAACUUAAGACCGUAAACAACUAUUAUCUACUCAGUUUAGCUUUUGCAGACCUCAUCAUUGGAGUGUUCUCCAUGAACCUGUACACAUGCUACAUUCUCAUGGGAUACUGGUCUUUGGGCAACAUAGCAUGCGAUCUGUGGUUGGCACUUGAUUACGUUGCAAGUAACGCAUCGGUGAUGAACUUGCUGGUCAUCAGCUUUGAUAGAUACUUCUCAAUAACAAGACCGCUUACCUAUAGGGCUAAACGGACCCCGAAACGUGCAGGCAUCAUGAUUGGCUUGGCAUGGUUGAUAUCUUUCAUAUUGUGGGCGCCACCUAUUCUGUGCUGGCAGUAUUUUGUCGGUGAGAGGACCGUUUCCCCCGACCAAUGCCAAAUACAGUUUUUCUCAGAACCCAUAAUUACAUUCGGGACGGCCAUAGCAGCUUUUUAUAUCCCAGUGUCCAUCAUGACAAUUUUGUAUUGCAAAAUCUACAAAGAAACAGAGAAGCGCACAAAGAAUUUGGCAGAACUGCAAGGAUACCCAUCUUUAGACAGUCACGAAGGACCUAAAGAACGAAAGCCAAUACUACGAUGCUUCAGCUUUAAAAACAAAAGGGAUGGGACUCAAGCAUCAUGGUCUUCAUCCAACCAGAGUUAUGUUACAAGGACAACGAUGCAAUCUGAGGAUCUGUGGACAAAGUCACAACAGGUGACCAGCUUAAACAGUUAUACAUCAUCAGAGGAUGAGGAGCGCUCCGUCUCGGAUGCAACUCCACGAGAAUCUUUCAAGAACCAAGAAUCUAGAGGAAAUAAGAAUGGACAACUGGAUUGUCAUGAAGACAACGUAAGUGACCCUGCAAAACAGUGCUCACAAACAAACAGUAAAAAAUGUUUGGCAUACAAGUUCAAGCCAAUCCUCAGCAAUAUUACCACUUUUCAAUCCAACAAUCAGUCUGAGAGAACAAACGCAGAUCACCGAUACACAUCAGAGACACAGGUUCCAUCAUCCACAUCAACCCAACCAGAAGAUCCAACCUUGAAAAUCCAGAUGACAAAACGGAAAAGAAUGGUCCUUGUCAAGGAGAAAAAGGCGGCUCAGACGCUCAGUGCGAUUCUCCUAGCUUUUAUCCUCACGUGGACCCCAUACAACAUCAUGGUUCUCAUCUCCACCUUUUGUUCUAACUGCAUCCCCGUCUCUCUCUGGCAUCUGGGCUACUGGCUCUGCUACGUCAACAGCACAAUCAACCCUAUGUGCUACGCCCUAUGCAACAAGACCUUCCAGAAGACAUUUUGGAUGCUGAUCCUCUGCAAAUGGAAAAGGAACAGAGGAGAGGAAAAGCUAUACUAUCAAAGCCAUUAAAUACGUAUGAAUGUAAUAAUGGCUGAAUGUUAAACCAGUUCAAGAUGUAAUACAAUUGUUUUUAUAUCAAUAUUUAAUUUUAGCUAUGGAUGUAAAAGAGAAGCUCUUAGAAUAUUGUUAUGCAUAGUCCUGUUCAUAUUCCAGGCUAUACUUGUUUUGAUAGGUACGGUGUAUGUAUUGUUCAUGUUGCCUGUUUGAAAAAUUGUAAAACCUAUUAGCAAUUUAAACUGAAAUUAAUUGUGAAAUGCCAAAAUAUUACUAUGACAAUAAAAAGAUGGACUGCGAAGUUGGUUUUGCUUGAAGAUACAAACAUCUAAAAAUCAUGUAAUGAUUUUCUACACUGCAUGCAUACCAACAUACGGAUGUUUCUUCCAAUUAGGAUCACUGGUUGUUAUUAUUAUUACUUUAUUAUUUAAAAUCAUCACUUUUGUAAAAAUACAUUUGAAAUGUGUUUCAUUGUACCUCUAGUCUGAAUGUAAUAUCCAUGAAAUGACAGAUUCCAGACUUAAACCA